AUGGGUACAUCAGAUGAUAGCGACAGCGCCGAGUCAUCAUCCACAAGGAAAAGACUCAGCAUGGCCAUGGUGACGAUCGAUCAUCCGCGGGCAGUUCCUCCAGCGCGAGUGCCAGCAGCUACACCAGCUCCCACAGCUCCCACAGCUCCCACAGCUUCAGCAGCUCCAGAGCCUCCGUCAUCCUCCACAAGACCUCGUCCCUCCGCCGGCACCUCCUCGGAGACCACGGACCCCAACCUCGCCAACCCCCGUCUCCUUGUCAACAGAGCCUGUAUCUACGAGCGUCGACUCCCCGGAGAUGCCUACAUAACCGCACAUGUACAGCGACUGCAGCAUGGGUUCUACUCCAGCCCUGCCAUCUCAGACCAGGAUGCCGACCACGUUGACUUCCUGGGAAUCAGUUUCGUUUUUCAUUCGCCCGAUACAAUGGUGCAUCGCUUCAAGGCAGCGACCAUCCGCGCUUCCGUCAGCAGCCAUCGAGACAGUCCUCCUACCAGGAAUUCGUCCCUCUCCCACCCCUCGCAGAAGCCCCGCACCAGAAACCCCCGGUUUCUGAUGCACGCGCCACAUCUCCUUUAUGGCGCCGUGUCGCCUGAAACCUUACAAUGGAGUUACAGUCUCUCCGGAUCUCUGGGGGUAGCCGACCUCCCGCUGAUGGCCAGCCUAACGCCCUCGGGGGGAAUAAAUGGACGAUACCGACGGUACGAGAUGAUGAGGAUCCAAGGCUCAGUGCGGUCAUUGAAGAGUCCGCGCGGACGCAAGUUUGAUGUCGAAGCCGGCGAGAUUGUCUGGUCGCUGGAGGAGAACAAUCUGCAGCGGUCAGGGUUGCCACGGGAAUUCACUUUCGCGAUGUUGAUCCAGAAACCGCGCGCGGACAGUCGGGUGCGAUUCUCGCUGGAAAUCGACCCGGUGCUCCAAUGCGGCUGCUGCAGUUAUCCCAGCUGGUUGUUGGGUCUUUCCAAGUACCGGCCGGUUCCUCGACGGCCGGUGGACUUUCGAGUCCAGGUGGGCCAGAGGUUUGAACCUAUUACUUCGGAGAAGGGAUUCAAUUUCGCAACCCUGGAGAGCUCCUUCGAUGGCUAUGUCCGCAUGCCGGGGAGGAAGUUCCCUUCUGUUCUCGCUCCAGACGGAGGAAUAGUCCAAGAUGACAACGACAUCCUCCGCGACGUCACCAGAGAUUUCAGCUUAGUCGAGCCGCUUCGAGGUUCAGCCAGACUGCCAUUCCCAGUGGAGCCGGGCCAGAUGCCAUUGACAUCUGGAAUUCCAGGACAGGUGGAAGUAAACCGGAAUGGCGCGCCCAUGGUGCCUGGGCUUGACCCGAGAUCUUUAUCCAUUCGAGUCCUGCUGGAUGAUAACGAAAACUAG